AUGUUCAAGAACACGUUCCAGAGCGGCUUCCUCUCCAUCCUCUACAGCAUCGGCAGCAAGCCGCUGCAGAUCUGGGACAAGAAGGUGCGGAAUGGUCACAUCAAAAGAAUCACUGAUAACGACAUCCAGUCCCUGGUGCUGGAGAUCGAAGGAACAAAUGUCAGCACCACGUACAUCACGUGUCCUGCAGACCCGAAGAAGACGUUGGGAAUUAAACUUCCAUUCCUCGUCAUGAUUAUUAAAAACCUGAAGAAAUAUUUUACUUUUGAAGUACAGGUCCUCGAUGACAAAAAUGUGCGCCGGCGAUUUCGGGCAAGUAACUACCAGAGCACCACGCGGGUCAAGCCCUUCAUCUGCACCAUGCCCAUGCGGCUGGAUGACGGCUGGAACCAGAUCCAGUUCAACCUGUCCGACUUCACGCGGCGGGCGUACGGCACCAACUACAUCGAGACGCUGAGAGUGCAGAUCCACGCCAACUGCCGCAUCCGCCGGGUUUACUUCUCAGACAGACUGUACUCAGAAGAUGAGCUGCCAGCGGAGUUCAAACUCUACCUCCCGGUUCAGAACAAGGGGAAGCAAUAA